CACACAGUAUAACUUCAGACGUCUUUAUAUUCACUGGAGUCGGUUAGGAAACAGUCAUGGAUCAGUGAGGUUGCAUACGGGAGUCAUGCAGUACAGAAAACGUCGCUGUUAACAUUCGUGGAUUGUAAACGCAGGAUGAGUUCGAUGUCGAGCUAUGGAACUUUACGAUUUGAUUGAUACUUACUUAGGAAAAUAGGCUGCUCGGCAAAUAGCCUAUUAUUAACACGUUAACCACCACUUCUGCUGCAUCCAAACCGAAUUGCCCAGAGUAACUUCAGAGAAGAAAAUGCUGCUUUUCUGGCUUUACACGGUGUGGAUCCCACUGCUGACAAUUUUUGACAGAGCUUUGUCCAGCUCCUCAGAAGACCAUUGCAGCUGGAAAGGGAGUGGUCUGUCUCAACAGCCGGGCAGUGUGGAGCAGAUCUCCCUGCACUGCGUGGAGGGAUCCCUGGAGUGGCUUUACCCAAAGGGGGCGCUGCGGCUCACUCUGUCCCCCCGCCUGCCCUCCGCGGCGGUGGGCGCGGGGGGCAGUGGGCACAGCGGCUCAGGGCAUAUCACGGCCUGCGUGAAGCCCGCGGAGAGCUUCCACGGGGCCCAGCUGUACCUGGAGCGGGACGGCAUCCUGGAGCUCCUGGUAGGCGACCGGCCGGACGCCCAAAGGCCGCCGCGGGUGCGCUGCUUCAGCCGGCAGCCCGGGGAGCGGGUGGCCCUCUUCCUGCAGGCCACCCCGCACCAGGACAUCAGCCGCCGCAUCGCCGCCUUCCGCUACGAGCUGAGAGGAGUCUGGAACGCGCGCCUGUCCUUGGACUCCGAUCCUGUGAACAACGAAGGCGCCUGCAGGCCCUGCAAUGACACGGAGAUUCUGAUGGCCGUCUGCACCAGUGACUUCGUGGUUCGGGGGAACAUUCGCUCUGUGCUGGAGAACGAGGACCUGCAGGUUUCCGUGAUCAAAGUGAGCGCCACGCGAGUGUUCCGGCAGAAGUACGCGCUGUUCUCGGGGGCGGGGCGUCUAACCAAGGCCGGCGAGAUCCGCACCCUGCUGGAGUGCGGCGUCCGGGACGGCGCCGGAAGCUUCCUCUUCACCGGCAGGGUUCACUUCGGCGAGGCGUGGCUGGGCUGCGCGCCGCGGUACAAGGACUUCCAGCGGGCCUACGGCCUGGCCAAGGAGGCCAGACAGAUCCCCUGCGAGCUGGCGUCUGACUGACCGCUUCCCAGGAUGCACUGCCAAACCUGCCCACCCGGGUCAGGCCUGCUGGGAACAGGGCGAGGAUGAACUGUGAACUGCCAGUGUGAACAGCACGAGUGUGGCCCGCCUCUCCGCAGUAUGGCAAGAGAGGAAGGCCAAAGUUCCUGUUUCACCACUUCGUCCCCUUCGGUUUCUAUCGCUAAAAGAUAAUGGGGAAGGACAGCUCUGGACGCAACAGGACAUUCCCAGUGCAGCAUGGCACUCUCUGAACGCUGAGACCUUCUGAGAACGAGACAUUUAAAGAGGUAUUCCAGGUGAAGAGUCAUGAAGUUGCUGGGUUGUCCAGCAAUGAAUACAGGAGUACUGACAGGUGCUCUUGUGUUCAUGAGGAAGAGCUGCAGUUUGGCAGGUUAAGACAUUUCUAUGACCUUUUUGGAUAAUGACAGUGAUGGGACACCUGCAUUAAGGCUCAUCACCCAGCGAAUUAGCUACAUCUUCCACAGGUUACGCUCUGUGGCAAACAGGUCAAUGUACUCAGGAAAUAGAUGACUUUGGUAGGUUUAUUAUGCCACCUUUGGAUGUGUACUGCACUGUUUAUAUCUGUGGGUGUCCCACUACAUUAUCCACCUACCAAAGCCCGGAGCUUUUCGUGAUGCAAGGCUGGUGUGGUAGAGAGCUGAAAUGAUCUCAUGAGUCAUGAAAUUUUGUUUUGAAAUGGCCUAUAUUAACAUCUAAGAAGGUUGCAGGAUAUAGUUUUAUCAUUGUUUUAUAAAGCGGUUGAGAACUGAUAUGUUAUAAGUAAGCAAUUCUCUUCCCCUUUUACCAAUUUCUGUAUUUGAGAAGGAUUUUUACCCGGAUACUGGGGGAGGGGAGAGUUGAAUUAUUCUGAUUUGCACUGUUGAAGAAAAGGGAAUUAGCAGGAAGGAUGGAUGCUGUGAGCACUGAAGAAUCUGGAAACCAAAAGAAAAUUUGAUUAUAUGUAGCCUAGACGAAUUUAAUAUAUAAUGGUGACACCAUCUACGGCUGUGAGUUUGGGAGCUUGUGAAGCGGGGCAGAGCAGUGUUAACAGACAAACGGUAUUGUGCCCGGUCUUCUGGUUACCCUGCAGGCUUAUUGUUUUAUUUCAUCGUGUUCUAAUUGUACACAGGGCAUUUUGCGCAUUAUGAAAACCCUGUAUAAAUAACUUUGUGUUUCUGUUUUUUUUUCUUAUGUGAGAAGUGCAUAAAGUAUAAUAUCUCUCAGUCAGUACUAUUUAGACCAGUUAAAAAUCUCCAAAUUUAAAAUUUUCCCAUGACAUGGUGUUUCACUACUGCAGAACUGUCUAUUUUUUGUGUACUGUUUUUAAGUUUUAUGUGGUUGAUCGAUGCUAUUAUUUUAUUUCAUUCUGUUUCUUGUUGAACAUAAAAUCUGUGCACUUCCUCGUCUGCCAUUAUUUUAUUUUUUACCUGCUGAGUUGAAUUUUUCUCAUGUCAAUACGAAAUCACUGAAGCUGGAUUGAAAAGUCUUGCGAUCUGAAUUUAUUGUAAAUUAAGCCUAUGAAGAUCUGCUGUCAUCAGUUGUGUUUUUGAAUGCCACCAAAAGGAGGACGGGAGAAACUGGAGGAACAGAGUUUCUGCGUGACAGCAAUUGCUUUGAGGUCAGUUGAGAGUAAAUGUGAGGCCUUAGAGUAAGUGCUGCUGCUCUGAAAGAAGAAGGUGCUGGCCUGUUAGACAUGUGCUGUGAUUCUCAGACUGUUGUGUAGGAACCGCAGACUCCGGUCCAGUGGUCCAUGGAAAGGGUACACGAUUAUAGGAAUUAGGAAUUUGACACCAUAACAAUAUCCAGUUUGUGUUAGCAUGUUAUACACUGAAUUGCUCAGUGUAAACUUUGAAUUGUUUGCUGUUACAGGAUCUGAGGUCUGAAAUUCGUUUUUAUUUUUCUGUGUUUUUCUGCGGUCCAGAGUUUUCCUGUAAUUUUAAGCGGUUAGCCAUUUGAAAGCCACUGCCCUGGAGACGGCUCUACGUCGAGUGAAAAAAGGCGGUGGUGAGUUGCGGUUCGGUUGUUGUGGCAGUGUUCUGCAGAACAGCGUGAAACGUGACCUCCGUUGCCCAAGCUUUUGCUCUGGCGGUGAGUGUGUAUCAGGGCAAAGGUCAGCCUGUCUUCAUGUGUUCCACAGAGUCAUAAAAACUCUAAGCAAUGCCGUAUAAUGCAACACGAUGGGGGGGCCGGCGCAAGAAGAAUUAAAUUGUCAUGAGCCGACUUCUGUCUGUUCACUCUGCUUUUAAUGUGCACUAAAUUGAUGAAGGGAUGGAGAUAUACCAAAUUAGGGAGGUGUGUUGUAGAUGUUUUUGAAAGAGCUGAAGACUGCCAGUUUGCUUAUGUUGUUUUGCAAAUAUCGUUUUUUUUUCUGUUUUUUUUUUUCUUCUUCAUUCCAGUUUCUAUCAUAACUGGCUAAAUGGAAGGUGUAAUGAUUUCAAUGUGAAUGUAAAUAUACUGUAUAUAAGAAAUGUAAGAACAAAAUACUGUGCUGUAUAUAUGUUGUGAGGUGUUUGUCUGUGAUAUAUGUUAUAAAAGUCCGAAAACCUCA